CAACUGACAACACAGCAAACAUCUCCACAUGACACUCCAGCAAACACACAGCAGGCAUUUCAAAUCCACUCAGGGACACCAUGACUGCAGCAUAAUGUCGGCAGAGGUUGGAAUUCAUAAGUUCUCCUUCCCCUUCUCUUGUGCUGCACGCCUUUCCAAGCAAGAUGAGGACAGCCAGGUGGGACGCGUACAGGUGAAGGCCCUGCAGCUUUGUGAUCUUCAGGAAAAUCCCAUUUUAAGCCAGUCUAGCGCCGUUACACCGGUAGGAGCUUUGGAAGGGCAUGGGAAUCCCAAAGCUCCCGCCGAGGGCGAUGUGGCCGCCGCCCAAGUUCUGGUCUGCCCUGAGGCCUCCCAAAGCGGUGUGCUCUCUCGCCGGAGCGUCUUUGAGAAACUGGCAGCAGAGGCGGAGGACCAGCGCCCGGUGGCGAAGAGACAGCUGUCCUCGGAGAGUGCGGCCAGGAACAUCACGGUGGUGAAGAAGAGCGCGGUGAGAGCUGAAGCAGAGGAGCAAAGACACCAGCAAAGCAAGGCCUCCGUGGCACUAGGGAGGAGGAAGCGUCGAAAAGAUCUCUUUGCUAGCUCAGAGGUCUUUCAGAGACUCGACUCGCAUGUCAUCAGAGCAGGGGCAGAGCUGAAGGAGAAGCGUGUGCAUGAUGUGGGAACCAUCGUACAGACCAUCACAAAGGUCUCCAGGACAGACCUGGAGAAAGUCCGCGCCAUCUGGGUUUGGCUCUGUCACAACAUCGAGUAUGAUGUCAGCGGCUUCCUGGGACACUCGGAGAGGAUGACCUCCCCGGAGGAAGUGAUAGCGACCGGCCGAGGGGUUUGCUGUGGCUACUCCAGCCUCUGUGCAGACAUGUGCGGGUUGGUGGGCAUCGAAUGCCAGGAGGUGGCGGGGCACAGCAAGGGCAUAGGUUACCGCCAGGGCCAGAGCUUCAAGAAUGUGAAAUCGGAUCACCUGUGGAACGCUGUGCUCCUGGGAGGACACUGGUUCUUAAUGGACGCCUGCUGGGGAGCUGGACAAGUCAACAUAAAACAAGAGAGCUUCGUCAAAAGGUUUGAUGAUUUCUAUUUCCUGACGGACCCAGAGGAGUUCAUCGAGUCACACUUCCCUGACGAGGAGAAAUGGCAGCUCCUGGAGUCACCCAUCACCCUGGAGGAGUUUGAGAGGAGGGUGUUCAAGACUUCAGCCUUCUUCUCCAUGGGGCUGAGGUUGAUGCAACCUCAUCACUGCCACAUAGUCACUGAUGAUGGUGAGGCAAACGUCUCCAUUGGCUUCUCCAGGCCUGUGACCUUCACCUAUGAGAUGAAGCAGGACCAGGACUUCCUGCACAGUGGCGCUUCGGAGCAGAAGGAGAGCAGCCACUGCUCCUCCGGUCUCCUGACUGUCUCCCACCGCAGCAUGAACCUGCAGCUGCUGCCGCCCGCCAGUGGCACGUACGACCUGAAGAUAUUCGCUAGGCCAGAAACUGCCACUACUCCGCUGGGGUGGGUAUGCUCCUUUAUGGUGGAGUGUCCAGAACCCCGAGCCAUGGAGGACAUCCCGGAGAACCCCUACCUGUCGUGGGGCCUGCUACCCAACGCAGCGUCUCUGGGCGUGGCAGGCUGCAGUCACGACAGUCAGGUGGCCCAGGUGGAGGAAGGCCGCUUUGAGUUGGUUUUGAAGACGUCGAGGUCUCUAAUGGUGCUUUGUGAACUGGUCCACACGGAGCUGCACGCCGCUGUGACCAAGCGCUGCCUGGCAACUCAGAUUCAACCAGAUCUGCUGACAUGCCACGUCCUCUGUCCCGCACGUGGCUUUUACCGGCUGUCCGUGUUUGUGCGAGACUACAAGAAAACAGAUGUCAAGUUCCAGACGGCCGCAAACAUCCUGUUACACUGCAAGGGAAAAGUCAUCAGUCAGGAUGAGCUGUUUCCUCCUAACCUCAGCUCGGCAUGUGGGCCGGGGACCCGUACGUCAGAAAUGGGUCUCUCCAAAUUCAGCCACACGACGCCAGUGGUGAGCACGCCCCAAGGCAAGUGUAACAUCACCUUCCACAACCAGCGAGACCUGGAGCUCCACCCUGUGAUCAGCAGAGCAGACAACAAAGCGGCGGCUUUCCCACUCACGCGCCACCUUUUCUGCACGUACACGGACAGCAAAGUGACGGUGAGCAUCAGUCUGCCAGAAGCGGGGAUGUAUCGCCUGGGCCUGUACGCCAGGACCAGCUCCAGCGGAGACUUCGACCCCAUGUGCGACUUUGUACUGAAAAACACCUGCGAUCAAGCGGGGCUUCCUUUCCCCUGCGUCUACGCCGCCUGGAGGAAAGGCUGCGUGCUCUUUGAGCCCCGCGUGGGCCUGUUGGAGCCCGCUACCUGUGUACGCUUCCGGGUGAGGAUCCCGGGAGCCCAGAGGGUGUGCGUGGUGGGAGAAGGGCGGACGGAUCUGAAACUGAACAAGAGCCGGGUCUGGGAAGGUGAGGUAUUCAGCGGGGAAGGUGUCCCGCAGCUGAAGCUGGCCGCCUCCUCGGGGGAGUCCAGCGACUUGUCUGUUUUGUUGACCUUUGACAUCAAAACGGGGCAGGGAGUGUGAAAUGGAUCAGACCUGGCAGGUAGCUAUCUGGAAAUAGCUCGGCAUGCUAACGAUAUGAGCAAUUGUCAGAUAGAUGAGCAAAGACUGUGAGCGGUCUCCUGCAGGUUUUAUUUCAAAGCUUGAGGCUUUCCCUUUUUUUCGGUAGAAUUCAGGACUAAACACGUUUGUAACUGGUGCUCAGCUGCGGUGCUCGGCCAUUAUUUCAUGACUUGAUUGCAUUUGUACGUAUUUCUAUUGUGUAACAAAGAACUGUGCUUUGUACAA